AUGCCGAACAGCUCCUUGGAGAUUGCUGCCGGGCAGCUUCUGGACAACGCCACCAUCUUGCCCUCUGUCUAUGGCAUUCUGUGCAUCGGUAUUGGAGUGAACAGCCUGGUCAUUUACACGCUGAUGAUGUGCAAAACCAAAGGGGUGUCGGACAUCUACGUGCUGAGCCUGGCCAUCGCCGACUUGCUGUUUCUAUUGGGAAUGCCUUUCACCAUCCAUCAACUGGUUGGGGACAGGCACUGGGUCUUCGGACAGUUCAUGUGCAAGGCAGUAACGGUCCUGGAUGUCACCAACCAGCUCACUACAGUGGGCAUCAUUACCGUCCUGUGUGUGGACAGAUAUAUCGCAAUAGUCUACCCCACUACGGAGAAAAGGACCAUCUGCCGGACAGUGCUGGUGAACACUCUUGUGUGGCUUGGCAGCUUGUUGCUGACUGCCCCAGUCAUGUUAUAUUCCAGGACUAUUCAGAUGGGAGGCUCUGAAAUAUGUGCUCUGGACCUGCCUUCUGGAACAAAUGACAUGUACUGGUAUACACUCUAUCAGUCCAUUUUGGGAUUUAUCAUUCCCCUGAUUAUUAUAGGCACUUUCUAUUCAAUGACUCUCUUUCAUGUCUUUAAAUCACUCAGAAGAGUGGGCAGGAAGCAAUCAGUGCAGGCAAAGAGGGUGACCAAAAUUGUUCUCAUGGUAAUAGCUGUCUCUUUGGUGUGUUGGUUGCCUUUUCAUGUGAUGCAGGUGCUCAACUUAACCUCCGUGUCCCACACCUUGCUCUUUCAUUACAUCUAUCAUAUCAGCAUCUCUCUGAGCUACACCUACAGCUGCAUCAACCCUCUUCUGUUCCUGUUCUUCUCAAAGAAUUUCCAAGAGCGCUUGUGCGGUGCUGUGACAAAGGGCAGCUCCACCUCUCAUGUCAGUUCCCAGAGAAAAGAAAUUCACACCACCAUUCAGAUCAGAAAGAGGGUGAGAGAAAAACUCGCAACAAUAAAUCUGAAGGUGAAGAUUGAUACCAGAGUACAGAGUGACAUCAAUCCGCUCAGGCUAUACCAGAAGGUAUUUCCUGAAAAUUUUGAAGAAAAUGGUUAUCCAAAGAAAGGUGCUCUGAAACUGAACAGCGUCAUGCUGAUAUUAUACAGGGGAACUAUAAUCCGACAGCUAGGAACAACCCAAAUCAAAGAGAUACACAAAGGAAAAGAUGUUAACUGUAUGUUCUAUGUCACUAAAACAGAUGGUCCUGCUAUCUUGGGGUUGAGCAAUUGUGAAGAACUGCAGAUUAUUUCAGUAAACCAUGAGAUGAAGGAGGCGAUACUGAGAGUUGAAGAGAGUACAGCCAUUGAGAAGUGCCCUAUGAUCAGAUGCAAAGAAAACCUAGCGAAUGUAACACCACCGAAACUGAGUCAAAGCAGAGAUGACACCAGCAAAGACAGAGUUACAGAUGCUCUCUCAGCAAGUGAUCCAGGGAAGGCCUGA